CCAAGGCCUUGGAGGAAGACCACUUGCUGGCCUGAAUCCUCACACCAGAGUCUACAUGGUUCACACCCCAACCUCACCUACCACUCCAUCCUCCACUCCUGCUUUACUCCGCCAUCCACUAGGGCUGUGACACAGCUGUGGGUUGUUUUUUUUGUUUUGUUUUGUUUGCUUGUUUGUUUGUUGGCGCUGCAUGGCUUGCAAGAUCUUAGUUCCCAGAUCAGGGAUUGAACCUGAGGCCCCGGCAGUGAAAGUGCUGAGUCCUACUCACUGGACCACCAGGGAAGUCCGCGACACAGCUGUUUUGAGCAGCCACUGAGGGCAGGCUUGUGCUGGCUUGUUCUAGGCCCAGAAAGUCAGACAUACCCCAGGGCCUCCCAGACUCUACCUUGGGGCCCUGAAGGCAAGGCAUCGGGGAGGUCCUGGAGGUGGAGGAAGAAUUAAAGGCAAGUCCUAAAGUGGGGCCUUAGACAGGUGAGCUGGAGCUGUGGGCCUCCCAGGAGACAGGUAGAGAGCCUGGCACGUCCUGGUUCUGGUGUGGUGUGGAGUCUCUGACAGAGGAAGGAGACCUUGGGAGGAAACCUGAGGUUUAGAGUUGAAAGGAAGUGACUUGCCCUUUUGUCAGUACAGUCUUGUGCGGGUCCCUUGAAAGUGUGUGGAGGCUGGGAGGGCAUGCCAAGCCCACCUGCAGCCCAUGUAGAGAUGAGUAUUUGGAUAUUCGGGCCCCUGAUUGUCGGAUGUAUCUUCAGAAGAUAUUUCUGCAUCCCCCUUAGCAGGGGGAAACAGGCGUGAGCCUGGGCCGGCUUGGAACCCCUGGGCAGAUCACAGAUGGGGUCUAGGUGCCAGAUGUGCCACUUAAAAAGUUGUCUAAGUCUCCCCAUAGAGAGACAGACCAGAGAGGCCCAAGGAGGGCACCACAGUCUAACUGCCAUCUUUCAUGGGGUCCAGCCACUGCAUGUACUUCCCCAGACUUUUUUUUUUUGGCCACACCGUGUGGCUCAUGGGAUCUUAGUUCCCCAGCCAGGGAUUGAACCCAGAGCCACCGCAGUGAAAGCAACAAAUCCUAACCACUGGACAACCAGGAAACUCCCAUCCCCAGACUUUUUAAAGUUUCCUUCCAGAAGGGGAAGGCAGCAGAGCUGAGCAGGAUAGUCUGGAGCAUGUGCCCCAGGGCCGUCCGCUGCUCUGCCUCAGGCCCCAUCAUAGGAGGCGCCCACCAAAACUGCUUGUACUCUUUGGUCUCGGCGGCAGAAGCGAGAUGACGAAGGGAACGUCAUUGUUUGGAAAAUGUCGGAAUAAGACGCACACGUUGUGCUGCUGCUGUGGCUCUAAGGCCUGCCACCUUCAGAAGUCGACCUGUGGCAAAUGUGACUCCCCUGCCAAGCAAAAGAGAAAGUGUAACUGGAGUGCUAAAGCUAUAAGACAAAAUACCACCGGGACUGGUCGAAUGAGGCACCUAAAAAUUGUAUACCGCAGAUUCAGGCAUGGAUUCCGUGAAGGAAACAACACCUAAACCCAAGAGGGCAGCUGUUGCAGCAUCCAGUUCAUCUUAAGGAUUUCAAUGAUUAGUCGUGUGAUAAAUGUUCUGGUUUAAAAAAACAAAACUGCUUCUAAAUAUUCUUCUGGUAGCAGGGAUCAGGCUGGGCCAGGCAGUGUGCCCCAGGGGUGGCAUCUAGUGUCCAGUCAUGCAUGUGCCUUCUAAAAAUGUAUCCAGGGGACUUCCCUGGUGGCACAGUGGUUAAGAAUCCGCCUGCCAAUGCAGGGGACACGGGUUCGAUCCCUGAGCUGGGAAGAUCCCACAUGCCACGGAGCAAAUAAGCCCAUGCGCCACAACUACUGAGCCUUCGCUCUAGGGCUGGAGAGCCACAACUGCUGAAGCCUGCAUGCCUAGAAGCCCAUGCUCUGCAACAAGAGAAGCCACCGCAAUGAGAAGCCUGCACACCGCAACAAAGAGUAGCCCCACGCUUGCCGCAACUAGAGAAAGCCCGAGCAUAGCAACAAAAGACCGAAUG